AUGUACAUCCGUUUCGAGAUACGACCACUCGGUCAGAAUGGAACUCGGAUCACUGAUCAGGAGAGGUCAGAUUCACCUGUACCCAGCUGUGUGUCCAUGAAGAGUUACAGGUCUAAAGGAGACCCACCUGACUUCAGAGAGGGAGAUCUCCCUGAUGAACAAAGUAUUGAUCAGGAGAGAUCAGACUCACCUGUACCCAGCUGUGUGUCCAUGAAGAGUAACAGGUCUAAAGGAGACCCACCUGACUUCAGAGAGGGAGAUCUCGCUAAUGAACAAAGAAUCCAAAAGGAGGAAACACAGUCAGAGAUUUCUGGUGUUUGGUCUGUCCAACGUCGUAUAAAAGAUCUGAUCUCCAUAUUUGAGACCGUUGAGAGUAAAAUCAUCACCUUUGUGAAGAAUGAGUUGAAAAGACUGAGGAAAAGUCUGACUGAGGAAAUGUCAGAAUGUUUUGAGGGUCUGAAGGAGGAUGAGACCAGUGCCAGAGAGGGAGUUCUGAAGAUCACACUGCACUUCCUGAGGAACAUGAACCACAAUGACCUCGCUGACACACUGGAGAAAAAUGAGCUGAUGGUAACUUGUCACCGUGAACUGAAGUCAGAUCUGAAGAGGAGGUAUCAGUGUGUAUUUGAGGGAAUAGCAAAACAAGGAAACCCCACACUCCUCAAUAAGAUCUACACAGAGCUCUACAUCACAGAGGGUGGAAGUGGAGAGGUCAAUAAUGAACAUGAGGUCAGACAGAUUGAGACAGCAUCCAGGAGACCAGCAACAUCAGAGACACCAAUACAAUGUAAUGACAUCUUUAAACCCUUACCAGGACAAGACAAACCCAUCAGAACUGUGCUGACAAAGGGAGUUGCUGGCAUUGGAAAAACCAUCUCUGUGCAGAAGUUCAUUCUGGACUGGGCUGAAGGAAAAGCUAAUCAGGAUAUCAAGUUCAUUUUUCCACUUCCUUUUCGGGAGCUGAAUUUGAAGGAAAGAGAAAACUGCAGUUUGGUGGAUAUUAUUCAUGAUUUUUUCCCAGCAACGAAGGAACUGAAAUUUACCGACAAUGACAAAUACAAAAUCAUGUUUAUCUUUGACGGUCUGGAUGAAUGUCGACUUCCUCUGGCCUUUCAGAACAAGAAAUGUUUGUGUGAUGUGACAGAAGCAACCUCAGUGGAUGUUGUACUGGCAAACCUGAUCAAGGGGAAUCUGUUUCCCUCUGCUCUCCUCUGGAUAACCUCUCGACCAGCAGCAGCCGGUCUCAUCCCACCCAGGUGUGUUGACCUGCUCACAGAGGUAAGAGGUUUUAAUGACCCUCAAAAGGAGGAAUACUUUAGGAAGAGAAUCAGUGAUCAGAAUCUGGCCAACAGAAUCAUCUCACACAUCAAGUCAUCAAGGAGCCUCUACAUCAUGUGUCACAUACCAGUCUUCUGUUGGAUUUCAGCCACUGUUCUAGAGAGAAUGUUGGGAGAGGCACAGAGUGGAGAGAUCCCAAAAACUCUGACUCAAAUGUACACACACUUCCUGAUCUUUCAGACCAAACAGAGGAAUGAAAAAUAUGAAGGACAUGAUGAGGUGCAACCAAAGUGGAGCAGAGAGAAUAUUCUGUCACUGGGAAAACUCGCGUUUGAACAGCUGAAAAAAGGGAAUUUGAUCUUCUAUGAAAGUGAUCUUAGAGAGUGUGGUAUUGAUGUGAGAGAAGCCUCAGUGUACUCAGGACUCUGCACCCAAAUCUUUAGAGAGGAGCUUGGACUGUACGUGGGAAAAGUCUUCUGCUUUGUGCACUUGAGCAUUCAGGAGUUUCUUGCUGCCUUAUAUGUGUUCCUAACAUUCAUCAACAGCAAUGUAAAUUUCUUAUCCACACAACAGCCAUCCAUUAUAAAAUCAUUCAAGAGAUGGGAAAUUUUCACACUACACAAAGUUGCAGUUGAUGAAGCCAUAGAAAGUGAGAAUGGACACCUGGACCUGUUCCUCCGCUUCCUUCUCGGUCUCUCAAUGGAGUCCAUUCAAAUCUUUUUACGAGGUCUGCUAACUGAGACAGGCAGAAAAUCACUAAGGACAGAGGAAACUGUGAAGUACAUUAAGGAGAAGAUCAGGAAGAAUCUCUCUCCAGAGAGAUACAUCAGUCUGUUCCACUGUCUGAAUGAACUCAAUGACCAUUCUCUAGUGGAGGAGAUCCAAAGCUACCUGAGCUCAGGAAAUCUCUCCAGAGCUGAACUCUCUCCUGCUCAGUGGUCAGCUCUAGUCUUUGUAUUACUGACAUCAGAGGAGGAGCUGGAUGUGUUUGACCUGAAGAAGUUCAUCAGAUCAGAGGAGUGUCUUCUGAGGCUGCUGCCAGUGGUUAAAGCCUCCAGAACAGCUCUGCUUAACAGCUGUAACCUAACAGAGAAAAGCUGUUCAGCUCUAGUCCCAGUUCUCAGCUCAGACUCCUCCAGUCUGAGAGAGCUGGACCUGAGUAACAAUAAUCUGCAGGAUUCAGGAGUGAAGGUGCUCUCUGCUGGACUGGAGAAUCCUCACUGUAAACUGGAGACACUGAGACUUUCAGACUGCAGUAUAACAGAGGAAAGCUGUGCUGCUCUGGCUUCAGCUCUGAGAUCAAACCCCUCACACCUGAGAGAGCUGGACCUCAGUGGGAAUGAUCAUGGAGACUCAGGAGUGGAGCUGCUCUCAGCUUUACUAGAGGAUCCACACUGUGAACUGCAGAAACUCAGUCUGUGUAACUGCAGUAUAACAGAGGAAGACUGUGCAAAUCUAGCUUCUGCUCUGAGAUCAAACCCCUCACACCUGAGAGAGCUGAAUCUGAGUGGGAAUAAACCAGGAGAAUCAGGAGUGAAGUGUCUCUCUGCUUUACUGAAGGUUCCACAGUGUAAACUGGAGAAACUGGAGUGA